GAACGGGAAGAAGAGAGGAUGGAUACGAGAAAACUUAGAAGAGAUUCCGACGUAGUGCUCUCAAAUGUUGGACGUAGAGAGCUUCUCUUUAAGUUUCUUGUUAUCGGUGAUUAUGGCGUCGGCAAAACGGCUCUCGUACGACGAUACACAGAAGGAAAGUUUUCUUCGAAUUACAAGAUAACGAUAGGAGCUGAUUUUGCGAUAAAAACGCUCGAUUGGGAUUCAAACACUAAAAUAAAUUUGCAGUUAUGGGAUAUCGCCGGUCACGAGAGAUUUGGAUACAUGACCAGGGUUUACUACAAAUAUGCCGUCGCCGCGGCAUUGGUUUUUGAUAUCUCACGAGCGGCGACUUUUCAGUCGAUGAAGAAGUGGCUAAGCGAUUUAAGAGAAAAAGUCACUCUUCCGGACGGAUCGAGCAUACCCGUUGUUCUUCUGGCGAACAAAUGUGACAUUCGACAUGUGGCUGUAUCAACCGAACAGAUCGUUAAAUUUUGCAAAGAGAACAAUAUCGGCGAGUGGUACGUUACCUCGGCAAAAGAGAAUACGAACGUUGACGAAGCGAUACGCCACUUGGUGGAAAAUGUACUAAGAGCGAAAAUCGAAGGUGGAAUACGGGAUUCCAUAAGGCUCCGCGAUGAUCCUAUAGAGCGCGGCAAGACAGGCUGUUGCAAGUUUUAAUCGAUGUGUUCCUAAAUUGAUUCUCUCUUUCAUACUUGAGUUUGCUUUAUCAUCUAGUUGUAAUUAUCUAAAACAUUUCUAAACGUAUAUUAAUAGAAUAAAGUCUAUCUAAAUCGCUACGGUA